UCAUCCCUUCACUGCAGAUUCUGAUAAACUCCUACUCUUCUCCAUCACUCUGUUUAUCAGGUUCCCCUCGGUCACAGCUCUGUAACAAUAGCCAUGGAAGUUGACCAGUUAAAGCCUGCAACGGAAGAUCAGAUGGAAAUGGUGAUGAUGAUGCAGAUGCAGAUGGGAAAGUUCCCACAACUCUACGGAGCCUAUAACGACGUCGUUGAAUUCCCUCAAGCUGAGCUUGCUGAUCGCCCCAACAAGAGUACUUCCAGUAAUAGCAUCAAUGGCAUGCCUCAUUUUGUUGAGAACCGACAGGUCGGUUCACCCGGCCCAUUCAUAACCCUGCCAACCACAGCCAAUAUUUCAUUCAGUGGUUCAAUCCCGGUUGAAGAACCAGGAGGUCCAGGUUUCUCGUUUACCCCAGCAGGGGAACCAUCGUCAGGUUCAGGUGCAAAUGCUUAUUCCACGACUUACCAAAACAAGAACUCGGUGGCUGCGAUGAGGGAGAUGAUAUUCCGGAUAGCAGCUAUGCAACCGAUUCAUAUAGACCCUGAAUCAGUGAAGCCACCGAAGAGGAGGAACGUGAAGAUUUCAAAGGACCCUCAAAGUGUGGCGGCGAGGCACCGGAGGGAGAGGAUAAGCGAGAGGAUAAGGAUACUUCAGAGACUUGUCCCCGGAGGAACCAAAAUGGAUACUGCGUCCAUGUUAGAUGAGGCUAUUCACUAUGUCAAGUUUUUGAAGACUCAGGUGCAGUCACUGGAGAGAGCUUCCACUAGCAGGCCAACCGGUUUAGGGUUCCCUGUUGCAAUGUCAAAUGGGAGUUUUCAUCCAAUGGGAAAACCUUAUCAGCCUACUCAGAACCACCAGCAAUUUGGAGAUGCUUGGCUAAGCUAGAUUAACAAAAGGAGAAGUAUGGAGAAGUAAUUUAAUUGGAUGUAUA